AUCUACUUCGAUUGAUGUUCACUUAUGAUUGGUCAGUAUUUUCAUACAAGUUAUUUUCUGCUUCACACGCGGGUGAAGAACGAACAAUUGAUGUUUUGUGAUACUGAAAUGGUAGAGAAGAUGACAUGGCACACACGAAUCUUGGACACAGAUUCUACAACUAAUGUUAUGGAUAUUGAUGAUUUGGAUAGUGCUGCAGGGGAUCCAUCUAGUCCACAAGGGAGUUGGAAUGAAUUUGUGAAGGUUUGGAUUGAUGUGGAGUGUGACAAUGAUAUUCUCUCAGCUACUGCAUCAAAUGCAUUGUUCCACAAGGAACUCAUUCAGGAUAUAUAUCGCACACCCAAGGAUGUAGAUGAGUUCGAUGAAACAGAUGCAAGCGAGAAACCUGAACAAGCUGUAUCGCUUGAUGAUAUUUAAAGUGAAAUUGAACAAGUGGAGAGUUAUACGUUUACAACACAGCAUAAUGAUCAGGAAGAGAUAUCCGACAUGGAGAGACUGAAAGAAUUACAAGAUAGAUCACUAGGAAAAGCAACUAUGUGGAUUAAAGAUGGAUUGAAAUAUGAACACGAGCUCUCAGAGACAGGGAAUGUGAAAGUGUUGGAGCUACGACAACAAUUGCGACGAAUGGCGAGUUUGAUAAGUUAGCACAAGCAAGUAGGAAGUACUCAGACAGCUAUGACAGAUUUCUGUCGUACUAAGCCUAAGCCUAAAAUAAACAAAUGAAUAGACUUCGAAUGGAUUCUAUGACGCUCAGAACACUAAAGUAACGAUGAAAGUACACAUCAACAGAGGCUACACCUUGUCAAUACAACUACCCAAAACCACUCGGCCAAUCAGAAGCCACGUAUCGGUGUCCACUUGUUAGAUGUUCCCUUUUUGGGUUGUGGUGGUCAGGGACAAGCUGCGAGGACUGAGUCUGACUAUAGAGUAUUUGUUUUUUCAACAACAAAAAAUAGUCUAAACUAAAAUCCUCUGC